ACGUUGAGAAACAAACGGGCAGAAAGUUGCUGUGGUGGAAUUCAUUAGAGAAGAAGAACUUUUAUAGUUUUUGUGCUAUCAUUCAUCAGUGCACUUGUCAGAAACUUAUUAAAACUAAUUCAAUAGAAAUCGUUUUUUGCAACCAAACCUUGUCUUGCAUUUGCAAGACGGGCCCAACUGAUUUGGUGUGGGUUUUUGGCGUAAAAGUGACUUGCAGGCGUGAUGGAAGACCUCACCAAAAACAUAAUCUUCACAAAUGCUAUUAAUGGGCAACCAGCUACAAUUCAGUACCAGACGGCGGAUGGCACGAUUCUUAAACAGCCUAAAAUUGAGGGUCAAAAAGCGGAGCAGCAGCCUACCUUCUAUUACACGACAAAUGGCAAUGGCGGAACUGUCAAUCUGGCGCAGCUGGCCACCACGGAUGACAAGACGUGUUACAUAGCCCAGCCAGUGGGCGGCUACAACUACGCCCUGGUCAAUGGGAUGCCACUUAAUCAGGGCGCAGCGUUAGGCAUAGCCACGGUAGACGCCCAAGGCCGCAUCCAGAUCGUUAAUCAGAACAAGCCAAUAUCAGCCAACACCAUAUCCAACAUCAGCUUCAAGUGUGAUGUCUGCUCGGAUAUGUUUCCCCACCUGGCCCUUCUCAACGCCCACAAGCGGAUGCACACAGAGGGGGAACAGCAUCAGCAACAACAACAACAGCAGCACAACGCCCAGCAAGCGGGCAGCGACUCGAUAGCCGUGGUAAGCGCCCAGGGUCUGGUGCAGGCACAGAACAUCAUUGGCAAUGGACAAAUGGGCCAGAUACAGAUAGUGUCUUCGGACACGCUGGAGCCAGUCCAGCAAUCAGUAAUGCAACAGCAACAGCACGAAUCCAAGGCGAACAAGUGCAUAAUCUGCGGAAACUCCGUACAUCAGCAGCCCAAACGCAAAGUACCAAAGCAGGUGCGUUGUGAGUCUUGCAUACAGGCGGAACAAGCGGCACAUCAACAACAACAGCUCUUUGUGGCACAGGACGGUCAAAUGGCACAUCCCGUGCAGAUCAUAUCAACCACACCUCAGGCCCAAGCACAGCUACAGCAAAUUGUAGCUGCGCAGACAGGCGGUACGACGCCUAAACGGGAACCAAGCAGUGGGUCUGGCCAUCACCCAGUAAAAAAGCGGAGUUCCCAGCAGAUGACAAAGUGUCAGAAGUGCAAUGGCUCUGGCGUUGUACUGGUGGGGCAGAACGCCGGACACAGUGGAUCGGGUGGAUCGGUAAAGCAAUCUGUUACCGUCAAAACUGAGUGUUUGUCCUGCAGGAAUCCGUCGAAACCCUUCAGUUGCAAUAUAUGUGGUGGUCUUUUCUCACGUUACUCAAGUUUGUGGUCACACAAAAAACUACACAGCGGCGAAAAGAACUAUAAGUGCAGCAUCUGCGGAUUGGCCUUUGCAAAAGCCGUUUACUUGAAAAACCACGCGCGUAUUCACACAGGCGAAAAGCCUUAUAAAUGUCAGACAUGUGGCAUGCAGUUCUCACAGUCGCCCCAUCUAAAGAAUCAUGAACGCACGCACAGCGGCGAACGACCUUACGUGUGCGGGGUGUGCGAUAAAGGAUUUGCUCGCCACGCUACUCUUUGGAACCAUCGGCGUAUUCACACGGGCGAGAAGCCGUACAAGUGUGAAAUUUGCGGCUCGGCUUUUUCUCAAGCGGCGCACCUUAAGAACCAUGCAAAGGUGCAUUCUGGUGAGAAGCCCUACAAGUGCGAGAUUUGCUCAGCGGCGUUUGCAGAUCGUUUCGCGCUUAAACGCCACCGCGGCAUACACCAAAAGUACGGCCAAACAGCUCCGCGCCAAACAAAUAGUGAUGGUAUGAUGGUGCACAAGCAGGAGAUUCCCGACAUGGAUGACGAAGCCCAACAGGAGGUGAUCAUUGGCGGGUUAUAGAUAACACCAAUACAAUUUAGUGAGGCGGCGGUUGAGUCGGCUGAGCAGGAGCGUUCGUCGGACUAUGACAUCGGAGCGUACCCUUCACAGCCGCUUAACGAAAGCUGCUACUAUCAGUUGCCUCCACCGGCCAUACCAGCCCCAGAAACAACACGGAGGGCAGCUUUCUCUCCAGAGAGAUAUUGAAGGGGUAGACCAACGAUUCUCCAUCGUUUAGACUACAAACUAUGCAUCGCAUAUUUCUUUUACUCCAGCUUUUCUGUAGACACCAACAUUGGGCAAAAUCCAAACAUGCUUUUAACGUUAAACAAACGAAUGAACCUAAUUUAUUUAGUAAAUGUAAAAAAUAAUUACAUAUAAAUAAUUUUAGUACA